AUGGCUACCGCAAAGNNGCGCGAUGUGAGGAAUCACGUCCUCUUCGAGGUCGCUACCGAAGUCGCCAAUCGAGUCGGCGGUAUCUACUCGGUCCUCAAGUCAAAAGCUCAGGUUACAACAGCAGAGUAUGGCUCAGCCUACACACUGCUCGGUCCUCUUAAUCGCAACUCGGUUGAGGAGCUCGUGCCCAAGGACCCCGCCAUGUUGGCAACCAUCAAAUCCAUGAACGAGCGUGGAAUCAAGACACUAUACGGAAGAUGGUUGAUUGAUGGUGCUCCGAGAGUGCUGCUUUUCGACACUGGCACUGGCUACUACAAGCUCGACGAGUGGAAGGGCGACCUUUGGGCAACUGCUGGUAUCCCUUCGCCUGCAGAUGACCACGAAACCAAUGAGGCCAUCGUUUUUGGUUACCUAGUUGCAUGGUUCCUUGGAGAGGUAAACAAUCUCCAAUAUCUAUGUUUCUCAGCGAUCUCUACUGACACGUCAUUANNGUACGUCUACCACGAAAAGGAGCGUGCAGUCGUUGCUCAAUUCCACGAGUGGCUCGCUGGUGUUGCUCUUCCUCUGUGCAAGAAGCGCAGAAUUGAUGUGACUACCAUCUUCACCACUCACGCAACCCUCCUCGGUCGUUACCUGUGCGCCGGCUCUGUCGAUUUCUACAACAACUUGCAAUACUUCGACGUCGACGCCGAAGCUGGAAAGAGAGGCAUCUACCAUCGCUACUGCAUAGAACGCGGAGCUGCUCACGCCGCCGAUGUCUUCACGACUGUAUCGCAUAUCACUGCUUACGAGAGUGAACAUUUGCUCAAGCGCAAGCCCGACGGUGUUUUGCCCAACGGUCUGAAUGUCAAGAAGUUCUCAGCAACUCACGAGUUCCAAAACUUGCACCAAGUCAACAAGGAGCGCAUCAACGACUUUGUUCGUGGUCACUUCUAUGGCCACAACGAUUUCGACCCCGACAAGACUUUGUACUUCUUCACUGCAGGUCGUUAUGAGUACCGCAACAAGGGUGUCGAUAUGUUCAUCGAGUCUCUCGCCCGUCUCAACCACCGUCUCAAGGCAGCUGGCUCGGACAUGACCGUUGUUGCUUUCAUCAUUAUGCCCGCACAAACCACUUCGCUCGCUGUCGAGGCCCUCAAGGGUCAAGCUGUUCUCAAGUCUCUGCACGACACAGUCAGCUCCAUUGAGAAGAACAUUGGCAAGAAGCUCUUCGAGCGCUCUUUGGCAUGGCACGAGGGGCAAAACCCUCCUGACGAGACUGGCCUCUUGACUCAAGAAGACAAGGUUCUGCUUCGUCGCCGUCUCUUCGCUAUGAAGCGCUCCAACCUGCCUCCCAUUGUUACUCACAACAUGGUCAAUGACUCAGAAGAUCCCAUCCUGAACCAGAUCCGCCGUUGCCAACUCUUCAACCACCCCACCGAUCGUGUCAAGGUCGUCUUCCAUCCCGAGUUCUUGAGCUCCGGUAACCCAGUCCUUCCAAUGGACUACGACGAUUUUGUUCGUGGUACUCAUUUGGGUGUCUUCUCAUCUUACUACGAGCCUUGGGGUUACACUCCUGCCGAGUGUACUGUCAUGGGUGUUCCUUCCAUCACCACCAACCUCUCUGGAUUCGGAUGCUACAUGGAAGAGCUGAUUGAGAAUGCUCAAGACUACGGUAUUUACAUUGUGGACAGACGCAUGAAGGGCGUGGACGACAGUGUGAACCAACUCACCGAGUACAUGUUCGACUUUGUUGGAAAGAGCCGCAGACAACGCAUCAACCAGCGCAACCGUACCGAAAGAUUGAGUGACCUCUUGGAUUGGAAGCGCAUGGGUAUGGAGUACGUCAAGGCUAGACAGCUGGCUCUCAGAAGAGCGUACCCUGCCUCAUUCGAGGGCGAUGAAGAGCCUGGUUUCUUCGACGGCACUGAAGUGAAGAUCUCUCGCCCACUUUCAGCACCCGGCUCGCCAAGAGACCGCUCAGGCAUGAUGACCCCUGGUGACUUUGCUUCUCUGCAAGAAGGUAGAGAAGGCUUGAGCACUGAGGACUACAUCGCCUGGAAGCUUCCUNGAGGAGGAAGAUGUGGACGAGUACCCAUUCCCGCUUACCCUUCGAAGCAAGAACUCAUCGUUAAACGGAACCGGCACCACGACACCUACAAAUGGCACUGCAAGCAACUUGACAACCAACACAAGCGGUGCUGCCUUCUGAGAGGAUGA